AUGCCGAAACCCUCGUCGGCGUCGGCGUCGGCGUCUAAGAAGCGGAAGUCCAAGUUCGGGGCCCUAACCCACAAGGAGGUGAAGUCGCUGGGCCACGAGCUCCUCUCCUCGCGCGCCCACCUCAACCACGCCCCCACCCUCCUCGCGCUCCUCUCCCCCUCCGCGCCGCCCAAAAUCGCCCUCGAGUCGCUCAUCUCGCUGCAGUCCUUCUUCGAGCCCUUGCUCCCAUCCAUCCCCUCCGCCGCUGCGGCCGCUGCAGAGGCUACGAGCAGCGACCCCAAGCUCGUGUUCGGGGCGUGGCUGCGGCAGCGCUUCGACGAGUUCGUCGCGGCGCUCGUCGAGCUCAGCGUGCCGCCCUGCAGCGACGACGCAAUCAGGGAAGUUGCGUUCGAUGCGUUUAUGGACUUCGUGAAGCUGGGGAAGGACGGGAGGUUCCACUCGGCGAUUUACCACAAGUUUCUCCAUGCUGUGGUGGCCUUUAUUGUUAAACCUUUGUGGAAAAAAAAAGGCUACACAGGAUCUCAAUGAUGUGAUAAAUGAUAACCAUUUCUUCUAUUCAGAAUGCUACAAUAUAUUGGUGCUGCGAUUUUCCACUUCAGACAUGUGACCUGAAUUUUCCCCUUUCGUAUGGACAAAUUAUUUAAUUUGCUUGAGCUACAGUUUAGAUGACCACUGCUUAGUCCAUGUUGAGAUCCCUGUCUUGAAUAAUUAUGAUCAGAUUGAGUCAUUCUCUACUUUCAACAUUAUGUGCAACAAUUUAGAUCUUUUGGAAAUUCAUGCAACCACUGUAAGCUUCUCAGGGAAGAUAACCUCUAAUUUGUUCGUCUUUCUAAACUCAUGCAAUAGACACAAUUAAGAAGUUCUUGUUUAUAGUGGAUAUUACCACUUGUGAUUUUUGUAGUGAUAUUUCCAAUAUAAUUCUCAUGCUUAUGCAAUUUCCAUACCUCUCUCUUUCUUUUCUAAUCAGUUAAUCUAGAUUUGUGCAUACGUAUUACAUGAUUGUACAUGGAAGUGUUCUGCUGUUACUGAGUAUGUCAUCUAAUUUGUAAAUUUUUACUUGCAGACUAGGUGAAUAAUAUCUCAUGCUAGAAUAUUUUAAGCAUGAAUAUACAAAACUUAGGAAUACAUGCAUACUUUUAUCUGUUUAAGAAAAAUAUUUUCCUAUACGAAGUAGUAGGUUACCCUUGGAAAAGAAUGAAACAGUACUUUGUUUGAUUAUAAUUACGAGCACGAUAAUGUCUAUGCCUUUCAUGUCUUGUCCUGUUUCCCAGUCUUGUUGUAGGCAAAGUUAGUGGUUAACUAGCCAUAGUUGGUUUCAAUCUUCUUUAGUUUGAUGCACUGAUAUAUGUUGCAGCUGCUUAUACCUCAUUUUGGAAAUUAUUUGCUUGGAAUGCAACCUAUGUGGUUUGUCUGGCCCAAAUGCUGCAUUUGAAGGCUUCACUUGUGUUUCCUUGAUUGGGACGCUAAGGGCUGACAAGGAGGCGCCCCAGCCACUAGUGUAUAUCAUAUUAUUAUUUGAAUUGGUAGCUAAUCAAGCUGUUCUGUAAUUCUGUCUUACAUUGAAUUAAUAUAUGAAAUAUUCUGAUCAAUUCAGAACUGGGAAAGUUUCUGAAAACUAUACGGACAUACACAGUUAAAGUACUAUAUGGAAUUGUGAUUCUAGUGAAAACGUUAAGCUCCAUUACUGUUUUUAUUGUUGGUUUCCAGAAAAACACUACUACGUACAUACUAUCUCAUAAUGUCUGUUUUACCUGUCUACAAUAGGCUCCUUCAACUUUGUCCUUUUUUCCUUCUCCCUAUCAAAUAUGUUUAUGAAAGUGAGAACCCCUUGCAUUUUGUCUGACUUCAAGUUGACAGGGACGACUUCUUACUCAAGCGUGUAUCUAUGUGGUUGUUUCUGACAUAUAUCAGAAGGUUCAACAAUCCUGGGGCUACUCCUGUGUAGCACUGAAAGGGUUGUGACAUUGCUGCAGUGGCGGUCGGUGUGGGGGUUGUGGCCUCUGCUGCUCCUGAUGCACCAGCCUCGUGUGCCUGAGAUGUUUGUGUGGCUGCGCAUGCUCUUACCCUAGCUUCUGCUCCUCGUCCCUAUGCCUCUCUACUAGCUGCAUGCUCCUUCCUGGAGCAUCUAUGUGGAUGGAAGGACCUUUUUUUGCAUGUACUGAUCGAGAUGGAGGUCCGGUAACUGGGAGACAGACACAAGUCUUCUACUGUGUACAGUUUGCUUGUGCAAAGUGUAUGUUAUGAGUAUUGAGGAAUUUGUGUUUUGAUCUACUGCUGCUACUGUAUUAUAAAUUUAUUCAGCUGAUCAUAUAUAUUCAACCUGAUAGAAGGGUGAGAGAUCCAUGUACUGCUACUGAGUUCUUUGUGUGCCAAAACUGAGAGAAUGGCUGUUGAGUGAUGCACCUACUGCCUUUUUUCUUUUCA